UAAAUCAUACGAUAUUUUAUCUAUUUUAUCAAAAGAAUACGUUUCAUUAUUCUAAUUCGUGUCAUUGCACCCUGCUCAAACUGUAAUUGGGAUCUGUGAAGAGACAACAGAGAUUGCAUAUUAUAAAGGCACGAGAGGUACUAGUUAAAAUUACAAUAGCCUAUGACGAUUAUACGACGUGUCUCUAGAAAGACCACCACCAAUUACAUUGUAAGAAAGAGGGUAACGGCGACGCAGUGGGUCGCGAUACGAUACGGCGAGACACGACGCGACACGACGCACUGCGUCCUAGUAUCGCACACGUUAUGCGCUGUCGCAGUCGGAAUAGGCCAAAUCAAACCGAAAGAGAAAGAAAAGAACAAGUAUGAACAUUGCUACUAUAUCGUGUACAUACAUAGUAUCUAAUUAGUACUAAGUACGAUUCGAAUAAUAGUUUGAAACACUAACGUUGAACGAAUAUAUUUAUAAACUCUGUAGAUAUGUGUAGUUGAAAGAAAAAUAGGAGAAAAGCAAAAAAAAAUAAAAAUAAAAAGGAAAAAAAAGAAAAAGGGAAAAACAGAAGAAAAAACAGAAAAAGACAGUUUACCGAGAUUGCACGAGUCGCGCGUAACGAAUUCGCGGCUACGAGUCAUUCGUCCAGUCUAGAUUCCGAAUCGAUUCCUCCGUACGUCUAACACGUUCGUGUCGCUAACGGUGUUCAGCUGUCGAAUUAUGGGCUCGAUCGUCUUAAAGUCUCUCUCAGUUCUUCUUGGGAUAUUCUUCGUUUUCGUCGGUACUAUGAAGCUGACUUCUCAUAUUAGUAAGGAUCUUCACAAGGACUUGAGAAAAGAAUAUGUGAAAUACGCAAAGGUAUUUCCACUGUCCGGUACGCUAGACUUUAAAGUACCAAGUAAAUGGUACAGAAGAGUUGUCGGAUCGCUUGAAAUUAUUUGCGGACUCGCAAUGGCUAUAGUUCCAAGUCACAAAAUAAAAAAUGCAUCGAACACGAUAUUACUAUUAUUGAUGUUAAUGGCUGUGUACUCUCAUUACAUGGUGAAUGACAAGUUUGAAAGGAUUGCGCCAGCGUUGGUAUUUUUUUUCAUGCUAACAGGCCGACUAGUAAUAGAUUGGCAACUUAGACGAGAGGAUACGCAACCGGUAACGGCGAAUGGUGUAGAUGAUAAAAGUAAAAAACAAGAUUGAAUUCGAUAUUCUUAUACGUAUUCGCACGAUUAAGACUUUGGUUAUCAUGUCAGUUAUCGUCUACGUACCACGUAAUAAUCACGAUGAAAUAAUUUUCCAUACACACAGCAAAGAAGUAUUUCGUUCGAUCUUUAAUUCCUUAUGCUCCGCGAUAUUAAUUUUAUGUGUAUGGUUUCUUACGUCUCAUAUCAAAUGCUCUCUUUCAAAGUUAUGCUUCAAUUCUAUUACGUUUCAUCACGAGUUACUUUUUCGCUGACAGCACUCGAAUUUGUUCAAAGCGUUCUAAAUCUCGAGUACCUCGAGAGCUAUGAAUUUCUAUUAUUAUUAGUCAACAUUAUAAGAAUUUAAUCAACGGCAAAGAAUCAUGAAAUACUAGCUCAAGCACAAGGUAUUAACUGCCAAUUGAAUCAAUGUGUUCUCCUUGAUAUCGUAUUAAGAUGUAAAUGCCCUUAGACGAUAACGAUAAAAGAAUAUCGUUGCAGUGUAAUGCACAUGCGUGUUUUCUUCGCAUCCAUACUUUUACUUUUUUUUUUUAAGAAAAAAACACGUAUUUUCACAAGAGCGACUAAAAAUGUACAAAUUAAAAAUUAUUCGUACAAACAGUUUAAGCAAUACGAACGCACUUCCUAUUAUUAGCGAUUAAAACUAAACCACUAUCGUAAGAUGUAUAACUUUGAUUUAAUUAAAGAUGGUUUGCUGAUAUCUCUUUAUUUUAUAAGAAAAAAAAUAUAUUCGUUUUUUCAAAUAUUAAGUUUGCAAUCGACAAAGAUAAUUGAAUUAAAUAAAGAUACCUACGAGGUAAUAUGAAAAUUAAAAUAGCGAAGAAACACGUGGUAAAGCACACUCACGUGUAUGUACGAUAAUACUUUAAUUACAAAGUAUUAAAGUAUUAAUUACGUGAAAUGGUACAAAAACCAUUUAUGAAUCUGGCGCACCCACACAUUCACCCACACACGCGCGCGCGUGCGCACACUCGCACAGACACACACAGAACUAAGUCAGUUUAGACAUUUGACUACAAUAGAAAAGAAAUUCAUUUUCAUUGUAAUUUUCAUUUUACCAAGAUCCAUUCUGAACUUUUAAUUAUCUUUUUUUAUGUGAAAAUCUUUAUAGAUUCACUAAUGUAUAAUAAUUUGUUUUGUGAUAUUAAAAUUUGACGAUAUAUAUAUAUAUUUAUAUAUAUAUAUAUUCGAAACUACAAUAUCAAUCAUUACAAUAAUACAAGUUUAAAUAAUAAUAUCGAUUUUAUACGCCUCUACAAAACAAAUUUAUAUUUCAAAAAUAUGUUUAAUUCAGUGUGGCUGUAAUAAUGUGAACAAUUCAAAUAAAUAACUUAUCAUUUUUA